AUGGAUAAUCAAGGUAUACAAAUUGAUGAAGAAUUACAAAAUAAUGAUGAGCUGACUAUUGAAAAAGAGAUGCCAGUUCGUCAAGAUUCAAUAAUUGAUCUUUGGGCUACAGUAGAUAAAUCACGUCUUGAACAAGAUAUUCAUAUAGUUCCACUCGAUCAAGUCUUUACACGUUUUCAUACUGAUCCACGCAAUGGUUUAUCAGAUAAUUUUGUAUCCGAUAGUCGUGCUCAAUAUGGUAGUAAUAAAAUUACACCACCCAAACAACCAUGUUACUUUUGGCUUUUAUUUAAAGAACUAUUUAUGGGAUUUAAUUGUAUUCUUUGGUUUGGUGGCAUUUUAGCUUUUUUAGCUUAUAAACCAUUUGGUGAGCCUAAUCCAUCAAUAACAAAUUUAGCCUUAGGUGUUGUUUUAAUUUUGGUUAUUACAUGUAAUUCAAUUCUUAAUGUUUAUCAACAAUUAAAAUCAAUUAAAAUUGUUGCGGCAUUUUCGAAACUAUUACCAAUAUUAACUACUGUACGACGAGAUGGAAGACAACAACAAAUUCUUACAGAUGAACUUGUUCCAGGCGAUAUUAUACUUGUUCGAAUGGGCGAUAAAUUACCAGCAGAUUGUCGUUUUAUAUCAUGUGAUGGUCUUAAAAUAAAUACAUCAGAAUUAACCGGUGAAUCGAAACCAAUUUCAGUAACAGUUCAAUGUACGAAUACAAACUUCAUGGAAUCAACUAAUAUUGGAUUCUAUUCAUCAAUGGUUGAACAAGGUACAGGCGAAGCAGUUGUUAUUGCUAUUGGUGAUAAUACUGUAUUAGGUAAAAUGUCGAAAUUAACUCGUGGAAGUUCAGGUGAUGAAAUCACUGGUUUACAUCGUGAAGUGAAUCGUUUUGUUUUAUUUGUUAUACUUUCCACAAUAAUAGCUAUUAUUAUCUUAUGGAUAACAUGGAUAUCAUGGUUAAAUUAUGAUCAUUAUGGAUUUGUUACAUUUAAUGCAAAUAUUGUUAAUUCAAUUGGGAUGAUUGUUGGCUUUUUACCAGUAGGUUUACCAUCUGCUGUUACUCUUGUUUUAACAAUUGUUGCCAAACAAAUGUAUAGACAACGUGUACUUGUUAAAAGUUUACAAAUAGUUGAAACAUUUAAUUCUGUUUCUGUUAUUGCAACUGAUAAGACAGGUACAUUAACACAAAAUAAAAUGACUGUUACUCAUUUAUUAUGGGAUACACAAAGUGUUUAUGAAGUUCCUCUACCUCAACCUCAAAUAACUCAAGAAGAAACUAUAUUUCAGACAAUUCGUCGUCUUUCAACAGAUGUUGUCGAAACAGCUCGUCGACUUUCUAUUGAUGCAGCUACAAUGGUACGAAAAUUAUCAUUAGUUAAUAUCAAUCAAACACAACCAAUGGCAUCAUGUACUGAUAAAAAUCGAAUAAAUAAAAUUUCAAGUGAAGCAAGUGAAAUUCAAAUACAAGCAUUUCGUGAUCUUUUACUUGGUGCAUCACUUUGUAAUAAUGCUGAAAUUCAAUUAGUACAAGAUACACAAAUUGGACAAGAUUUAUCGAAAAUGAAAUCGGAAUUACGUGUUGUUGGUGAUGCAGCCGAUACUGCUCUUUAUAAUCUUUGUACAGAACGAUGUUUAGUUGAUAUUGAAAAAGUACGCGAAGUUAAUCCACGUUUAAAAGUUUUACCAUUUAAUUCAACAAAUAAAUUCAUGAUUUCAGCGAAUCAAUUAGAAACAAUUGAUUCAUCAAUAUCAGAACAAGAUCGAACUGUUUUAAUAACUCUGAAAGGUGCACCUGAUAUCGUUAUUCAACGAUGUUCAACAUAUAAAAAAAAUAAUGAUGAAAUUGCAUUAUUAGAUAUUGAUAUUAAAAAAAUGUUAUUCAAUCGACAAGAGGAUUUAGGUAAAAAUGGUAAUCGUGUUAUUGCAAUGUGUCAACGAGAAUUAACUCGACAACAAUAUGAUAAUAUGAUGAAAAAUUAUAAUGAUAAACAACGAUCACAAUUAUUAGAAGUUAAUAAUGAAGAUUUAAAUGGAUUUCCAUCAGAUAAUUAUUGUUUUAUUGGUCUUUUCUCAUUACUUGAUCCACCUCGACCUGAAGUACCUGAUGCUGUAUUAAAAGCGCGUCGUGCACAAAUUCGUAUAGCAAUGGUUACUGGCGAUCAUCCGACAACAGCUAAAGCUAUUGCUAAACAAGUUCAUAUCUUAACACCUGAAAUUAUCGAUAUGAAUGGUAUUGAUACAUUUAAAUUAGAAAAAAAUUCAAAUGGUGAAUCUAUAUUAAAUCUAUAUCGUAAUGAUAGAUUAAUUCGACAACAUCCACCGGGUGAAGUAAAACGAAUUGAUUCUCUUUCAAAAAAUGCUAGAGAUAUGAUACGACGAGCAUCAAUAGUAGCUGGUGAUAUUGAAUAUCGACAACCACCAUGGUAUCAACGAUUAUGGAAAUCUUGUAAGAAUCAAAUUCAAGAACCAAAAACAGACAUUGAACCAACACAAAAAAUGGAAUAUAUUCCAUAUGCUAUUGUUGUAACUGGUGCUGAUAUUAAUUAUAUGGAUGAUAGUAUGUGGGAUUGGGUAUUAUCACAUCAAGAACUUGUUUUUGCACGAACAUCACCAGAACAAAAAUUACGUAUUGUUAUGGAAUUUCAACGACGUGCUGAAAUUGUUGCUGUAACAGGUGAUGGAACAAAUGAUGCACCUGCACUUAAAUGUGCUCAUCUAGGUGUUGCUAUGCAAUCUGGUACUGAAGUAUCAAAAGAAGCAGGUGAUAUGAUUUUAUUAGAUAAUAAUUUUUCAUCAAUUAUUCAAGCAAUAGAAACAGGUCGUUUAUUAAGUGAUAAUUUAAAAAAAGUCGCUAUUUAUUUAUUACCUGGUGGUUCUUGGUCUCAAAUUUGGCCUGUAUUUUUUAAUUUAUGGUUUGGUAUGCCUCUAGCUCUUUCUGCUUUUUUAGCGACCGUCUUUUGUAUGAUUAAUGAUGUAUUUAUGUCACUUGCUAUGGUAACAGAAAAACCAGAACGUGAUAUUAUGUCUCGACCACCAUCGAUUCGUUCAAAAGAUCAUCUAUUAAAUUUCAAACUACUUUUUCAUGCUUAUAUGCUUGUUGGUAAUUUCGAAUGUUUUACAGGAUUCUUUUGUUUUUGUUAUUAUUGGAUUGAUAAUGGUGUACCAUUCUAUUCAUUUAUGUUUACAUUUGAAAAUUUUGGUAUCAAUCCUAAAACUCCAUAUACACCUGAAGAAUUAAUUAUAAUGACAUAUGUUUCACAAUCAGUAUAUUAUUGUUCAGUAUGUUUAUUUCAAUUUUUUAAUUAUUUUGCAACACGUACACGAUAUGCAUCAUUAUUUGAACAUAAUCCAUUUUGGGGUAAAGGUAAAAAUUGGUAUGUCUUUGGUGCUAUGAUUAUAUCAGCUGGCGUUCAAAUAAUCAUAACACAAAUUGGAUGGUUCAAUCAAGUUUUUAGUACAGGUCGUGUACCUGUAAAAUAUAUUAUGCCAACAUUAGGAUUUGGUAUGCUUUGGUUAAUUAUUGAUGAAUUAAGAAAAUUGUGUAUAAGAAAAUAUCCACGUAGUUUUAUUGCAAAAAUUGCAUGGUAA